ACUGGUCGUUUCGCAAGGCGCCCGCAAAUAACAAUCAUAAAACCCUAACCAUUCUAUUUACCCAAACAUGGACUCUGGAUUCCCAUUGACACACUAGAAGUCGCACAGAAUCGAAUUCGCAACACACGUAGCAUAUAAUGGCUCACGGCGGCUACAACAAGCGGCGCGUGAGGGUCAACCCCGCAAGUCGCCGGUCCAACUCCUCGUCCACCGCCUCCACGUCCGCUCCUAAGGCUCUCAAGCCUAAACCGCCGGUUUCACUCAAAAACCAGAUUCGGUCGGCGGAGCGUAUGCUGCGGAAGCAGAACCUGCCGGCGGAGGUGAGGGAGGCGCAGCAGCAGAAGCUCGACGCGCUCAAGAAGCAGCAGGAGAUCCAUACGCGCCUCGCCGCCGAGCGCAAGAUCUUCCUCCGCGAUAGGAAGAUCAAGUUCUUCGAGCGCAGGAAGAUCGAGAGGCGCAUCAGGCGCCUCGAGAAGCUUCAGCGCGCCGCUUCCCACCAGAUACAAGCAUCUGAGGCUUCCGAACAGCUUUCCAAGCUUAAGAAAGAUCUUCAAUACGUUAUGUACUUUCCAAAGACUGAGAAGUAUGUUCCUUUGUUUACCGGAGGUGAUGAUUCGGAGAUAGUUGACAGGAGGAACGGGCUGCGGAAGCAGAUUGAGGACAGAUUGAUUGCGGCGGCAGCAAGUGGCAAGGACUUAGAAGAGACUGGCAGUGAGGAUGAUGGCCUUUUGGAUCUGAGUGAAGAUGAUUUUUUCCUCGCUGGGAGUUCUAGUGAUGAAGCAGAUGCAGAUGAUGAAUGGACAGACAAAAGUACGAGAGAGCAGGCUUCUAGUGCAUCUGGCAAAGCAGUGUCUGGUGGCAUGUCCAGUGAUGAAAAAAAUCAGAGACAGAUUUCUGCUAGAGCUUUAAUGCCCCCUCCUCGCCCCUCAAACAAGAAGCUGUCAAGGUUUGGGUCAACUUCAGGCCAAAAUUCAUCUAGACUAAGAUCUGAUAUUUCCACAUCCAGCAACACUUCAAAUAGCAAAAGCAGCUCAGACUUUAGAUCAAGGGGACCUUCAAGCACAGGCCAUGGUAGUAGUCUAAGCUCCAACUCUGAUGCGCACAAACCUCGUAGAAAGAGGAGGCCUAAGAAGAAAAAGAAGCAGGCAUGAAGGUCAAAUUGAGGAGUACUGCUACAAGCAAUUGAAAUUAAUUGAAAUUAGCUUCUUCGCAUUCAUUCAAGAUUCCUAGGGUUAUGUUUUUCCCUAGAUGGGUCAAGUCACGUUCAUCUGUGGUGUGGAGCAGCCGCGGAAUCCUGUCACUGGUUAAUAUUAUAUGAUAAUCAUAUAUUCACAUAUUGUGCUGACCUUGUUAGGUUAGAUCGGGAAUUCGUUAUUGUAGAUUAACUUUUGACAGUGAUUUACAAAGUCACAAUGUGUCUUACUGUAUAUUUUGUUCAAUGCUGAUUUCUUUGUUCGGGAUAGCAUCCUGCACUCCUGCUCUCCAGCGAGUUUUGGCGCCUGAACUUUUAAAUUACAACCACAUUUGGGCAUUGACGAA